AUGUCGAAGAGUAGAGACUUUGCCGUGACUGGAGGCCAGCUGCACGAAGGUGCGCCGACCCUACGUCGAAAACCACUCAGCAUCCAGACGAAAUUACAGCAUCAGCAGCAGCAGCAGCAGCAGCAGCAGCAACAGAAGCAAAUCAGAGAUGCAAACGAGACAAAGACCCAGCUCAAACGCAGUUCAGCCAUGCGCAAGACAGUGCGGUUCACACCAAGCACGAAUCUGGGCAGUGAGAAGGACGAGGUCUCGCCAAAAGAGCCUGCAGACACGGACAUCUUCACUCAGUCACCACAUGCUUCUCGCGGUAGCGUUUCUUCUAUCGACUUUCCGGACCAUCUCCGGCCUAUUCUUCCCAUUGAAAUGGAGCAGACUACUGUCGAAAUUCUACAACCUGUGACUUAUUCACCGGAUUCUCCUGGGAACAUAGAUGAGAGGAUCACGGCUGCGAUCAAGACUGGUAUUAUUCGCUCGGAUACGGUUAGGCAUAAAGUUGGAGUGCUGGAGUAUUCGCAUCGGGCUCUUCCACAGGUUCCGCAGGUUCCUCAGAAUCCUCAGGCUGGUCGCAACGAAGGUGCUGAAUUGCAGAUUGAUACUGAGUCUCACAAGCGGAAUCUCAGUACCUCGUCAGUUACGGAUCAGCCUCGCAGGAAGAAGACAGGGUCAUCAGGAAGCAGAGAGAUUUAUUUCACGCCAACGGAUGUGAAUUCUACGAGGAUUUUCUUGUCGAGUCCGUUGAAUAGUCCGACGUUGCCGUUGGAGUUUGGUGGAGAGAGUGAAGAUGAUUUGCCUACUCCGAGAGCUACUGUUGCGGCUUCGCUUACACGGCCUCCGAGCGCCAUAUUCGUUGGACAAUCUCUCGAUGAGGCAGAGGCGAAGCAUGGGGAUGUCAAAGACAAGCCAGAGGAUACACUGGAGCAGGAACAAAGUCCUCGACAGGCGGCUAUCCAGAUCACACCCGAACAGCUUGACAAGCUUGUCGUAGCGCUUGCUCAGUCGAAGCUCGUACGCAAACACUUGUCAAAGGACUGGUUCGAUUUGGAGGGAGUUCCUGACAGUGACAGCAUUGUAUCAUCGUUCAGCGAUGUGUCUUUGCCAACGCUUACUUCCGCUUCCAGCUUAUAUUCUCGACAGAAUACAGAUUCACCCCCUCUGAACGAUGGAGCCCAGCCACCUCGAUAUUCACUCGAAGACCCUCAUCUUGAGCAGGCAAAGCGUGAAAUCACUCAUGCGCCUAGGACUUCAGGAGGAAUCCUGAUCUGCGAUCCCAAGAUCUAUGGCACUCCUGCGAAAUUUGCAUCUAUUGUUCAUAAAAGCGCAUUGGGGAGCCGCACCUUCCUCACAGCACCAGACAGCAGCGAAGUCGAAUGCUCGCUCCGCGUCGCACCGGCUUCUUCGGCCAACGCAAAUGUGCGAGUAUUCUUAACAUGCGUCAACCAGAUCGUCGACCGCAAAUCCGGGAAACAAGCCUCCAUCCUCUCCGCCGAAAUCGACGUGACAGAACGCAUCGCCAAAGCAGCACUUUCAGAACUCGCAGAGGGAACCUCAAUCCUCGUGGAAGACAUCGGCAUCUGUGCUUCUCCCACUGCCACGACCACAGUAACAAAACGUCCUUCCAGCAUCACACCCGACGUUCGCUCCAGCAUCCUCAGCUCCAACUCUUCAUUGAUCGACUGGCUGGCCAUAGCAGACGAUCUCCAAGCCCGCGAUCAAAUCGCCUCCAUGAUCGAGACUGCAGUCUCCGUCCUCCACAACCUCUCAUCCGAGACUGCCUCCCCUUGCACCCACGACCUCCUCAUCCAUCUUUCUCGCCUCGCAGACCAACACCACGACCUCCUCAUCCUCCGCCCAACAUCAUACCAUGCAGAUGGAAUCAUGCCACACACCAUCAAAAUCCCCCACUGCUCUCGUAGGAUCUUCGAAGACUGGUAUACCGACCCUCGAGGCUCGCAAGCGGGAGAGAAAAUUGGAGAGUCGCAGGCCGCGAGGAUGUUUCAGAGGGGUAUUGUCACUUCUGUGGCGAAACGGGCGCGCGAGAAGGAGAGUUUUAAGAUUGAGGUUUUUUGGGAGAAAGGUGGGAGGAUGAGGCAGGUUUUGAGAAUUGUGCCCAUGGCUGGUGGAGAGGAUGGGGAGGAGAGGAUUUGGUGCUGUUUUGUUUUGGGGGAGAGGGAUUUGAGUGAGUGA